AUGCAGGAACCUGUGAGGUCAAGAUUGGCCUCCCUCAGUGACUUUCAAUUUGGAGCUGUUGCCACAGAGACGAUCGAAGACGCUCUGCUUCACCUGGCGCAGCAGAACGAGCGAGCCGUGCAGGGGGCUGCCGGCCGGAUGGGCAGCUUCAGGGAGACCCGGAUCGUGGAGUUUGUUUUUCUCCUGUCUGAACAAUGGUGUCUGGAGAAAUCCGUGAGCUACCAGGCUGUAGAAAUCCUAGAAAGGUUUAUGGUUAAGCAGGCAGAGAAUAUCUGUAGGCAAGCCACGACCCAGCUGAGAGAGAAGACGGAGACUCAGAAUUGGAAAGCUCUGAAAGAACAGCUUUUCAACAAGUUCAUCCUGCGUCUUGUGUCAUGUGUUCAACUGGCGAGCAAACUUUCCUUCCACUACAAAAUUAUCAGCAAUGUUACAGUCCUGAAUUUCCUCCAGUCUCUGGGGUAUGUGCACACUAAGGAGGAACUGCUGGAGUCAGAGCUUGAUGUUUUGAAGUCCCUGAACUUCCAAAUCAAUCUGCCUACUCCCCUGGCAUAUGUAGAGAUGCUUCUGGAGGUUUUAGGAUACAAUGGCUGUUUGGUCCCAGCCACACAGCUGCAUGCAACCUGCCUGACCCUGCUCGACCUUGUGUAUCUCCUGCACGAACCCGUAUAUGAGAGCCUGCUCAGGGCUUCAAUUGAAAACUCCAUACCCAGUCAGCUGCAAGGGGAAAAGUUUGCUUCAGUGAAGGAAGACUUCAUGCUGUUGGGAGUAGGAAUCAUUGCGGCAAGUGCUUUCAUCCAAAACCAUGAGUGCUGGAGCCAGGUUGUGGAGCAUUUGCAGAGCAUCACUGGCAUUGCCCUGGAAAGCAUCGCUGAGUUCUCUUACGCAAUCCUGACUCACAGCGUGGGCGCCAACACUCCAGGGCGACAGCCUGUCCCCCCCCACCUGGAGGCCAGAGCUCUGCGGGCUGCCACUUCCUCCAACACGUGA